CUCUUCUCCAUCUCUUUCCUCAUCCCUCCCACUUCUCCCAUCCCCUUCUCUCAUACAUAUCUUCCAACCCCACCCCUCCCGCAAUGUCCUCCUCCUCCUGGUCCCUCCCCUCGAAAACCCCCGGCCGUCAAGUAUACCCAGACUACUGCACCACCCAAGCCCAACUAUCCAACCAAGUCGGCUCUACAAGCGAUCCCGGCCGGAUGGGUAUAUACGUCUGUCUGCUUGACGACCGACCACACCUCUACCCCUCCCUAGCAGCUUUGCACAAACACCGCCACGUCUCCCACUCUAUCCCUCCCCCAGCUGGCGAUGCCGUCGAUACCGCCGCUGGCGCAGCUAGCGCCGCCGGUGGGGAUAUCACCAUGUCCGAAGACCCGCCCACGCACACCGCUGCGGACCAAGACAGGGAAAGCGCUAUACGCGUACUGCCAGAGAACGUCAAAGCCCUCCUCUCCGGGCUCCAAGACCAAAAAGACCACCAAAAAGAAGAAUGGUUCCACUGGCGAUACACAGACGAACAAGAAGCCCGACGCAAGUCGUUCUUACCUCUCGCCUAGAUACCUCUUUGCGCUACUCUCUGCUCCAUGAGGAUUCAAGGCAGCUCUGUACUCGUACUGUACAAUAUUGGAUUCGGAGUUGUAAAAC